AAUGCGUACGCGAAUUUCGCGCCGCACAUUGGAUACUGUCAGGGUAUGAAUUUCGUGUGCGGUUUUCUCUUGUUAAUAGCAGCGGAGAGUCGCGCGAGUGCGUCUCCUCGUCAGUGUGCAAGUCCGGAGAGUUCGGUCACGGCUGCCGACAGCGGGACGGCGUUGGCAGCGGCGGAGUCUCCACCUCGAUCUGUUUUGGAGACGUAUGAGGAGUACGAGGUAUUUUACAUGUUAUGCCUACUGAUGGCUCGUUAUCACUUGCACGGGUUUUACCGCGAGAGUUUUCCACUGCUGGACCCAUUCGUAGAUGAGUGCCAGAGACGUUGCCGGAUCUACUGUCCCUCGCUAAUCAGCCACUUUGAGAAGGAAAAUGUUCUCGCCCCUGUCUACAUCCAUCAAUGGUUCCUUACCCUUUUCGUCACUUCUCUCCCAGCUGGUGCCACUGUCGUUCUCUGGGAUUACAUACUCGCUUCUAACGUUCAUUCCGUCGUCUCCAUCACCAUGUCUCUCCUCUCCGUCUUGCAAUCCUUUCUACUUAGACUCAGAUUCGAGGGCAUCGUCCGUUUCCUGAAGUCACUCCGAAAUUCGGGGAAUUGUGAUGAAUUCAGGAUAGGAAGAAUGCUGGUCAAACAAGCUGAAGACUUCCAACCGAUGACUCUUAACACCAGCAACAUGACCCUUGAUACUAUGACCCUUCGUCCUGAUACUAUGACCCUUCGUCCUGAUACUAACAGAUCAAUCGACUUUAGCACCGGCAAUAUCGAUUGGGCACAAAUACUCUACGUAAGCGCCGCCACUCUCUACACCAAAGAAGCAGAACCAACCGUCCAACUCGAUCUCACUCCGCCCUCGGGUGGUGACUGGAACAACCCUUUUGCAUCCAUUGUCGUCGAUGUCCCCGCCGACAGCGACGAGGAACCAGCCAAUAAGAAAACAACUACUCGGCACUUUUUCUCAAGACAGCAUUAG